AGACGGAGAAGUGCCGAGCCAAAAGCACGUCACCAAAACAGGAGUCCCGGGUCGGUCUGUGGCUUGGACAUGUUUGGGCUGUUCAGGAAAACCAAAGCGGUAAAAGUCCGCGGCGUGAGCGACAGUCGGAAGUACGGAGUAGCGGCCCGAAGCCUGAAGGAGCUCACCCGAAAAGCCUGCCAGUACCUCAGGGUACCCGUGUCUGGAGCCCAGCUGUGCCUUUCCUCUGAUGGGACGCUGGUCACAGAGGAGGGCUUUGGGUCUCUGCCAGAGCACUGUGAGCUGGUGCUGCUGUCCCAGGGUCAGAGCUGGAAGGGGGUGGUGAGUGAGCUGGAGCGGUUGCUGAGUACAGACCUCCGGCUGCAGUUGGUGGAGGCAGUCAGGAGCCUACUGUCUGACCCUCCCUCCCCCCAGAGACACAAGCUCCUCAGGGACAUGCUCCGGAACCUGGACGACACAUCUGAGAAGGAGACCAGGGACCAGGACCUCCAAUGGUUUACCGGAGUGGAUUCUCGGUUUAAGACCAAGUCGUCCUACAUGAGAUUUAACUGUGAGGCCAGGAUCCGCAGCUACAUGAAGGAGGUGAGUGAGGCUUCCAGGUCCAUAGAGCAGGCUAAGAUCAGGGCAGAGUUUGAGAAAACGCUGCAGACUCUGUGCCACAUGCUGAAGGAGGAUCAGUACAACGGAGCAUACUUCGACCGCACUGAGGAGGAGCAGAGCCGGCUGUGCACUGCAGAGGGAUGGUUCACGUGCCAGGGCUCGUUUGAUGAGGCUCUGUGCCAAUCUCUCCACUCCAUAAACCCAUACAGCAGCAGAGAGAGCAGGGUGCUCUUCAGCACGUGGAACCUGGACCACAGGAUUGAGAAAAAGCGCAGUAUCCUCCCCACCCUAGUCCAUUGCCACAAGAAAUGCUCAACCUCUGGCAUCAGCGUCGAUUACUUUUACCGGCUUCUUUUCACCCGCCACAAUCUCAAACUGGUACACAUCGCCUGCCACAAGAAGGGAGCCCACAACCUACAGUGUGACCCCGGGAAGGUCUACAAGCGGGGCAGGCAGAAGCUGGGAGGAGCCAAGGAACCAGCGAGAGGGAGGGCCAAGGAACCAGCGAGAGGGAGGGCCAAGGAACCAGCGAGAGGGAGGGCCAAGGAACCAGCGAAAGGGAGGGCCAAGGAACCAGCGAAAGGGAGGGCCAAGGAACCAGCGAAAGUGAGGGCCAAGGAACCAGCGAAAGGGAGGGCCAAGGAACCAGCGAAAGGGAGGGCCAAGGAACCAGUGAGAGGGAAGAGGAGGCGGCUGCAGUGAGGGAGACUAUAGGCCUGUCACAAUAAUUACUAUAUCGACUAUCAAUCAAUAUACGAUGCCUAGAACAGUAUAUUUUUAGGCUCAAUAUUUAUCUUUCAUUUUCUUUGGGAAAGGGGAGAUAAGAUUUGAGUUGUAGAUGGUCGAUUAAGUCACUUUUAUAGCUAAUUGGUUAAUUAUGCUUUUUAUUUGUUGCAGCUCAUGCUUUUUAAUGAUAAUGUCUAUUUAGUAUUUAGGAUUAUUUUGCUUUUAAUCAGUGCCAUAAUGUAGUUUCAGUAUUAUCGUUUAUCACAAUAUUUGUCUGGAGCAAUAUAUUGUGCUUCAAAAUUUGUUAUUGCAACAGGUCUAGGGGAGUACAUAGUUGCCAAGUUCACGUCUCAUAGUGACUUUGGCUGUAUUUGUUUGGAAAGAAUUACUUUUCUAGCAAACCUUUAGUCCUACAUCUGUAAUAUUUUUUAUUGAAGUAAUAGUAUUCUUACUUGAGUAAAAGUUUUGAUUACUCUUCCCACUGUGAGUAAAUCCACAAGUCACUAAAUCUAUAUAUCGACAAUAUGAAAUGAUUUGAACAUUUGUGUUUCUUGCAGCGCUCCUUCAGAUAGGAUUUAGUUUUGUGACUGUCUUAUAUCAGAUUUUGCGCAUUAUUUAAUGUUUAGUCAAAUUACAUUAACUUAAAAUUAUAAAUCAGAUGGUAUGGCCUGACAGUUAUUCUUAAAGUUACUCUUACUUGAGUAGUAGUUUUCCCAAAUAUUUUACUCUUUCAGUUUUUGGCUACUCUACCCUCCUCUGGUAAUGACCAUAUACAGUUUAUAGAAAUUUUUGAAAGAAAAGCUGUAACACAAGCAUUAGCACUUGCUCAGCUGUAACACACAACGUUUAACUCAAAGGCUUUGUCACUUGUACCUCUCUGAAAAUCUGGCAACCCUGUGGACUAAAACCUGACCCGAAAACAAUCGUCUAAGUAGGGCUGCAAUAUUUCGAAAAAAAAUAUCCAGUAGCGAUUUUGAUUAGAUUUGUAAUAUGUGUUUAAAAAGUAGGAGUUUAGAUUGCACAUGCAACACUGGAUGGAAAUAAAUCUUGUGGCAUUAUAGAAGCUUAUUGAAACAGCAAAUGUGUGCCGUAAUCAAAGCUAAAGGUGCUCCAACAAAAUAUUAGAGUGUGUGACCUUUUUUUGGUGGCGAUUUUUUUUUUUUUUUUUUUUGGGCCAGGCAGUGUAAUUGUGCCUACUCAAAUUGUGAUUUUCAGUGGAAGCAGACAAAUGCAGGGAAACACCAAAGAACCAGCAUAGAGGAUAGUAUGGGGAGGUGUGUGGGACUUUUUUUUAUCUGACCACUGCAUUUACAAUUCUUCUAAAGUACUCAAGGUUCUUACAAAAUGUGAUCAUGUGCAAUGAAGGAACUUUAUGUAAGAUUUUGAGAUUUUUUUUAUUUUUUUUUAUUCCAUAAACAUGAUCUUACUGUGUCCCCAAAUACGAGGUAAACAAUCAAAUAUAGCUUUAACUGAUAACAUGUAACACUGAUUUAUUCUUAAUCACAAAAACAUUGGACAUUAUGUCCAUGCUGUUUGUUAUAAUUUGGUGUUUGGAUAAUUGUCUUGAUAACCAAAUCAGAAAGCAAACUGAGCCUCACAUUAGUUCAUUUCAAUGCUGAAAUCUAAUAGGGUUAAAACCAAAAAAAUAACUCUUAAUCCUUACCUUUUUAAAACUGUAACAAUACAGGCUACAUAUGUUCCGUUAAAGUGGGAGCCGUGGGAUAUGUUCCGUUAAAGAAGUGAAAUAUUCAAAGAGAAGCAAUAACACGGAGAUGUUAUUACUUCUCUUUGAAUAUUUCACAGUAUGGCAUUAAACUAAUCUAUCUCCAUAGUGACAAGCAGUUUGUCAGUUUAUUUGAACAAUGUGCAGAAAUGUUCUGAGCUGAAUCGCUAGUUUCCAUUUACAGUCCCUAAAUUACAGGAAUAGAUUAGACAAUGAAAUUACAUCCUAUCAAAAAUAAGAACAAUUCCAUCCUCUCCCCUCUCUGCUGCUCAUUGUUGUUGAAAAUUGCUAUUUAAAAUAAAUAAAUAAAAUUAUAACAAUGAUGUACGUGUGUCACAGACUGACUGUACAGCAGACACAAGCACGAUGUGUCUGCUUUAAGAAUGAUCUAGUUUAAUAAAACACCACCAGAUCUGUGGAGAGGAGGCCGUGUUCACUGACAGGUGUAGUUCCACAAUAUCAACACCUGUCACCAUAAAACAUGGGGGAGAAAAUGCAAGAUAAGUUUAAUGCCAUACAAACCAGACAAAACUAUAAUAUCUCUAUGGAGACAAGAAACUAGCAGAACCUCAUCAGAAAAGUUACAUAAUGCGUCUUACAUUUAAUAAAUUUGUCUUUUUAACAUUUUAGUGUAAACUUGUUAAAUGUGUAGGUUUGUGGUCUAAAUCUGUCUAGACUGUGAAACCUCUGACCAAUCAGGUGUGAGAAUUAUGACGUGAUAUACCUUAACAGUACACCUCAUUUAUCAAAUGUAUUUAUAUAUGUGAGUGAAACUUUUCAAAUGGAUUAUAUGUGGACAUUACUACAACACUGUCUUUUUAUGUACAUUGUCCCUGAUGAAUAAACAAAUAAAAAUGAACCUGAGCCACUACU